ACUGCCAGAAGUCCCUUUUCGUCGACACAACAAACUGCUAGGGAAACAGUCAUUGGUAUGGCAGGUUGGAUAAAUCUAAGGUGACGGCUGUGUGUAGAUUUUUUUUGGUUAACUCACAGGACAUGCCAGAGUUUCUGUCGGGAUCCCCUGUGAUAAAAUGGCGUUGUCAUUGCUAGCAGCUGUGCUUUUGGCCUUUGUCUUCCUCACAGCACAAGUGAGCCUCUCAACAGACAGCAAUAAAUGCAUCGCCAGGAACUUUGGCCAUGACUCAGUGGUGUGUGAGUGUAAUUCAACCUACUGUGACAGUGUUGGGCCAGUCAUCCUGCCUCCACGGGGACAGUACUCCUCCUACCUGAGCAGCAUGGCAGGCAGCAGACUGGAGCCAGGGCAGGGUCAGGUCCAGGUGAACAGCACCGGGGCAGGCCUCAGGUUGACCAUCGUUCCCUUCGAGAAGUACCAGAAGAUCAGGGGAUUUGGUGGAGCUAUGACAGACGCUGCAGCAAUUAACAUCCUGUCCCUCUCUGCUGGCACACAGGACCAGCUGCUUCGACAGUAUUUCUCUAGUGAAGGUAUCGGCUACAGUGUGGUUCGAGUCCCCAUGGCCAGCUGUGACUUCUCUGCCCGUCUGUACACCUACGCUGACACACCUGGAGACUACAACCUGGACAACUUCACUCUGGCCCCUGAGGACAUCAACAUGAAGAUCCCUCUCCUGCAGCGUGCUAAGGCCUUGUCCCCUCGCCCUCUGUCUCUGCUGGCUAGUGCCUGGAGCGCCCCCGCCUGGAUGAAAACAAAUGGUGCACUCACAGGAAAGGGCUCUCUGAAGGGGCAGCCUGGCGGCAAGGAGUACAAAACAUGGGCUCACUACUAUAUCAGGUUUCUUGAGGAAUAUGCUAAAUAUAACUUGACCUUCUGGGCUUUGACCACAGGGAAUGAGCCCUCUGCAGGAGAGAUGACAAACUACAGUUUCCAGGCUCUGGGCUUCACGCCUGAGGAGCAGCGGGACUGGGUGGCUCUGGACCUGGGCCCUGCCCUGCAUGCUUCAUCCUACCCACACACACACGUCCUCAUACUGGAUGACAACCGCCUGCUGCUGCCUCACUGGGCCAAAGUGGUCUUAAAUGAUGUUCAUGCGGGAAGGUACAUUCAUGGUGUGGCAGUCCACUGGUACAUGGACAGUCUCGUCCCUGCCGAGAUUAGCCUGGGAGUCACCCAUCAUCUGUAUCCAGAGUAUUACUUGUUCGGCUCGGAGGCCUGUGUUGGGUGGAGCCCUCUAGACAGAGGGGUGAAGCUGGGGAGGUGGAACAGUGCUGAGCAGUAUGCACAUGACAUUAUACAGGACUUAAAUCAUUAUGUGGUGGGCUGGACAGACUGGAACCUGGCGUUGGACCAGACUGGUGGGCCAAACUGGGUUAAAAACUUUGUGGACAGCUCCGUUAUAGUGGAUGCAAAGCGUGACAUCUUCUACAAGCAGCCAAGUUUCUAUAGCAUGGCCCAUUUCAGUAUGUUCCUGUGGGAGGGGUCUCAGAGAGUGGGGGUGUCUGCCAAUCAGGAAACAGACCUAGAAUACACUGCCUUCAUCAGACCGGAUGGCUCAGUAGUGCUCAUCAUACUCAACAGGUCAUCAUCAGUGAUCCAGUUUGAGGUCUGGGAUCCUGUAGUUGGCUACAUGAGCUCCACUGCUCAGGCUCAUUCAUUGCUCACGCUUGCUUGGAACACACACUGAUCAUAAAUACAUUUCAACAUGCCACUGAGCAAGCUUUUAAUGUUGGAACUCAUCACCAAAGCAGUCAUUACUUAAAGUACUUUUUCAGUAUCAAGCCACUGAGACACACAUUCGCGAAAUUAACUGCUGCAAUUAUAUAUUUUUUUCUUAUCUACCGUUCAGUUUUCACUUUAAUUAACCUUAGCUCAUCCGAUAUGCAUUGAAAAUCCUAAAAUUCCUUUUAUUAUGCACCAUUUGUUACCUGUGAUGGUACUUGAAUGUAAUGAAUGUAUCAACUCACCAGAAUGACCAGUCCUUAAGUGUAACUGGUGCCUUGAUUUCCAGCUAAUAAGAAGAAGUGUCAUCAACGAUGCAGAAAUCGUAUAAAUAAUGUACAGUGUUUAAGUCCUUCUUUUGUUGCUAUUUAAUCUUUUAAUUAAAAAAAAAGCACAUAUUGUUCUAAAAUACUCCAUGUCACAUCUAAUGUUAUUACUAUUUUUGGGUGCAGAGAGGAUAUAAAAAAGAUGUGUAUUAACAGGGCUGUGAGCAAUGAGAGUUCAACCAUGAGUUUUUUUUGUCAAUUUAUUAAUACCUCAUAGACAUUUUUUUUAAUAUAUAUAAUAUACAGUUUUGAUAACCAGGUAUUUCACAUUUGUGUCCUCAUUCUCAAUGUUUUUUUUUUCCUUUGCAAACCAUAGGUAGUUGGACUAAAAUUAUUUACAUAAAAAAAGUGAUAAAAAUGUGAAACAAAAGACAGGUCAUAAACAGAGGAAUAACAUGACAGAGGGAUGCCAUCUGUUUAUAAUAUAUACACCAGGAGAACUAUGUUGAAAUCUAAAGCAUCAGAUAAUGACCUGAGCUCUGUAGACUUUUAAUUUUAAUUCCCUUGCUGGUACAUUUGUUUUUGUUUUGUUUUUUUAAAAUUAUUAUUCAGAUGUAGAAGGGUCCAAAAAGAUGUGAGGAAACCCUUGCUUUCAUUUGAUGUCAAAGCUUCCAUUUAUUGCCAUUAAACAGCACCGACUCAA